GAAAAAUCGUAAAAGUGCGUAAAUUAGUUCGAUCGCUAACUACUGAAAAAUGGAGGACUUACAAGUGUGAAACUACAAAUGGCAUGUCCUCAUUCAAAUAUAUCUUUUGCUCUCUCUUAUUCACUUCGUUUGUUUCUGAUCGGAUUCCUCAACAGUUGAUGAAAUCGGAUUUCUCAACUACGUUAGGCCAUUAGAGUUUCUUGCUACGUAUGAUCUUCGGGUGUUGAAAUCGCUUUUACGCGUGUUUUGUACGCACAUUGUCGAUUUCUCUGUUUCCCUGUUUAAGUUAAAAUGGAGAAACGGCAGAAGCGCAAGUCGAAUAAGGCGUUAUUAUUUCCGCACGAUGAUUCAAGAAGCUUGUCAAAACCUGGUAACCAGAUGUCGUUUGACUACCCUUUAAAUGAGACGCGGAAGGGCCGAAAACGACCGGCUGAAAUGGACGCAACAAGUCACGGCUCCACACUGGUCUCUGAGCAGUUGGCAUCCACCAUAUGCAAAGCUUCAACCAUAAAGAAACGGAAAACAGAUAAAGUGAAACCCAGUAUGCUUCCUCCAUCGAAACGGAAAAAAAUGGCGUGCCCUGACUUCGAUCCAUCAGCAGAUAGCGAUACCGGGUCCAAGCUCUCAGAACUGGACAAGAGCUCCAUCCGUGAUCGAUCUACUCAGCGGGCUCACAGAGCCGCCAAUCGGGAGAAGUUGCGUCGCACUCUCUUCGUGGGCAAUCUACCAAUGGGCAUCACACGCAAAGAGUUAAAACGGCUAUUUAAUCACGCGCUCAAGCAAAAUGCCAAAUCUUCAAAAGCCGGAUGUCAAGUGGAAUCGGUUCGAUUUCGCGGCGUAGUAGCUCCCACCGGAGGCACCGGAAGAUUGGCUAAGAAGCGUGCAGCCAUGCUUAACGAAAGUUCAGCGGCAGUCUCCCGGAAUCUGAUCGCCUACGUUGUUUUGACUUCGCCAGUUGGAAUGUCAGCUGCUAUGGCACUUAAUGGUCAUCUUUUGCAGGCUGAAAAGGUAGUGGUGGAUCUGCUAGAAGAGGGGAUCUCAGAUAGCCGUCCAGUUGGCAAACCCACUCACAUUCGGGUAGACCACGCUGGUGGCGAAGGCCGACUUUUUCCCGCUCAGUGCGUCUUCCUUGGGAAUUUGCCAUUCGAUGUACAAGAGGAUGAGGUGCGUUUAUCCCAUUUAAUUCGACCAUCACCCCAGUAACAUAUAUCUGCUAAUCACUACUCUGCUCCCUUUCAGGUUCGUGAAGCGAUGUCCGGUUUCGGGCAAAUUUCCAACGUUCGGCUCGUACGUGAUAGACUGACUGGGGCUGUGAAGGGUUUCGGUUUUGUGCAAUUCGUUGACCCUUCUGUGGUUUCCUUAGCUAUCCGGGCCUCAGGUACGGUAUCCAUUCGCAACCGAUCCAUCCGCAUCGAACAGUGGCAGGCCGGACCCAGCAAGCAGAGCGAAGGUACAAGGCACUACACGCAGAAGUCGCACAAACGCCCCCACCAACCUCGUUUACGUACCGAUAGAAAAAGUUACCCGAAACUCCAACUCACCGGACAAGUAAAGGGAGUCACUCUACCCAGCAACUUGCGUGGCGCACAACGUCAACGCUUUUUACAAAAACGGUUGAUCAAGAAACAAAAACGUGUCCGUAGCCGGCAGCAAAAGCUCAGCGCAAAUCACACAACCAAAAGUAACUAAUUUACCAGCUAGAUUAUUCUGUAAAAAAUGAAUAAAAUUUUUCCAUCAGCUUUC